AUGGACUCUCAUAUUCGAUUGCUUCUUUUGCUAUGCUUUGUCCUACUAGUGAAAAAAAUUUGCGUCUCGAGAAUUCAAGAACUUCUGCUUCCAUCAGAGGAUGUACGUACUUCAAGCAACACCAGUUUCAGUUUUUCGGGUGAUGACUUCCCGCGCACAUUACCCAUCGGUCCUCUUGGACGAGUAAAGGCUUUCCGCGAAAAUAGUAUCCACUUCUCUUUGGAAGACGAUGCGGAAUGGGAAGCUGCCGUACCCGGAGAUGGUCUCAUAUACCUCGGCAAACAGCGCAGGCCGUUCAUGGUGUCCAUGUUUCAUCAACUCCGAUGCCUAGAUAUUGUUCGAAGAGAAAUCGUGAGCGUAGCCCAUAGCGGAAAACCAGAUAUAUCACCUGCUUCAGACCUCGGACAAUACUGCGUAAACUACUUGAGGCAGAUGGCGAUGUGCCGAGGUGAUUUGGAUUUGGACGUCAUAAUGGGGUGGCCACAUCCAGCCGUCUAUCCAGAUUUGACAGAAUGCAGUGAUUGGGAAGUAGUAUACAAGGAAGUCGAGAUGAAUCAAGCAAUGUACGCACGAGGAUAAGGCUGCAGGGCGUUGGUAUGUUCCGAUGUGUCGCGACGCUUCUUUUGAUGCGCGUAUCACUCUGUAACGUUGAUUCUCCAUGAGCGGCUCUCAGAGGGCUGUGAUGUGUAUGUUUUGGAAAGC